AUGGGCUCCCUCGCGGAAACUGUCGCGACCGAACAUUUCACCGCCAUUCUCUCUGAUAUGGACGGCUACCAAACCGCCAGCACAAUCUUCGACUCUACCGCGGCUGUCGUCCUCCAUUGGACCCGCAUAGCCAACGAACUCAACAUUCCCCCAUCCUCAAUCCUCUCUACCUCCCACGGCCGUCGCACAAUUGACAUACUCAAAAUUCACGCCCCUCACCUAGCAACGGAAGAAUACGUCCACCAUGUUGAAGGCCUAAUCCCCAAGCUCUACGCUUCAGACGCAAAAAUUCUACCCGGCUCAGAAGCCUUGAUAGCUAAACUCAUGGAAUAUGGCACACCCUGGGCUAUCGUCACAAGUGGGACCAAUGUAUUGGUAGGAAGCUGGAUGAAAGUCAUGGGUCUACCGUUGCCAGAGAGCUCGGUCACAGCAGAUAAUGUAAAGAACGGGAAGCCGGACCCGGAAUGCUAUAACCUGGGUUUAUCGAAGGUUUUCGGUGUGUCUGUAGGAUCGGAGGAAUUUGAAAAGAUCGAUAAAAAGAAGGUCGUAGUUCUUGAGGACGCCCCGGCCGGAAUUACGGCCGGUAAAGCAGCUGGGUGUACAGUUAUUGCUUUGACAACUACGCAUAGCCGUGCUGAGGCCGUAGAGGCAGGUGCCGAUUGGAUUGUAAAAGAUCUCAGCGCUGUAAGGGCGGUCAAAGGCGAUAUAGGAGGUAUAGACCUAGAGAUCACUGGUGAAAGAGUUUCAAGAUAA